GCUCGGGAGGGAGGAGGAGGAGGAAUUUCACAACAACAAGUGUUUGCAGCCACACUGGACCCAGCUGCCCCGGAGUCGCCCCAGGGACAGCAGCAUAGCAUCCGCUCCAGGAAGGCUCUUGCUGUCACUGCUGAGCCCGUGGCGCUGCUGGAGCAGCUGGGCAUGCGUGCUGGGCAUGCUGGGGCAUGGCAGGAGAGCCGCGUGGUGUGUCCCAGAGCCGCAGAGUAUGUCUGUGCACUGAGAGCACCCUGAGUCCUCCGCAGCUAGCGCGGGAGGAGACACCCCGUUGAUGCGCGGCCCCGUCUGAGCGUCCCCGGUGGCUGGCGGGCCAGUGCUACCAGAAGGGCUUUGGGGGUCUUUCGCUUUGGCAUUAGGGUGGGUUUUGGGGUUUUUCGUUGGGUUUCUUUUUUUGAUUUUUCGCCUUUUUUUUUUUUUUUUUUUUUUUUUUUUAAAUUUUGGGGUUGGUUUGGUUCUUGUGCUCCGGGCACCAUGUCAAAUUCGGGCUCCCAUCAAGACACUGGGAACAAGCCAGAGACGGAAAAAAAUAACCAAGAUGACUCUCAACCCCCUGUCAACUCCGAGAGGAGGAACAAAAGUGGAAUAAUAAGUGAACCUUUGAACAAAAGUCUUAAGAAGUCCCGUCCACUCUCCCACUAUUCCACCUUUGGUAGCAGCAGCUCGGUAAGCGAACAUUCAGAGAAAGGCAACCCCUUAGCUAAUGGCAACGAUGCGACUGUGGAUAAAAGUCAUUCUACCUCAAAGCACAAAAACAUCUCUAGUAUGCUGAGCAAAUUAGACCGGAUGUCGGAGCUCUCCUCAGAAGGACAGACCGCCCUCCAACAGUUUGCUCAGUCGACAGAAAUGCUCAAAAGAGUGGUACAGGAGCAUCUUCCUCUAACAAGCGAGCACGGGACUGGUAUCUCUGACAUGGAGGCAGUCUCAGCUGCAGAGACAAUGAACGGCCCCUCUGAUUUUCCUUACCUGGGGGCUUUUCCCAUCAACCCAGGCCUUUUCAUUAUGACCCCUGCCGGCGUGUUUCUGGCAGAGAGCGCGCUCCAUAUGGCUGGCUUGGCAGAGUAUCCCAUGCAGAAUGAGUUGGCAUCUGCCAUCAAUUCGGGGAAAAAGAAACGGAAAAGAUGCGGCAUGUGCCCGCCCUGCCGAAGACGGAUAAACUGCGAGCAGUGCAGCAGUUGUAGGAAUCGCAAAACUGGCCACCAGAUUUGCAAAUUCCGAAAAUGUGAAGAACUCAAAAAGAAGCCUUCUGCAGCACUGGAGAAGGUGAUGCUUCCUACAGGAGCCGCGUUCAGAUGGUUCCAGUAGGAACGGGAAUCCCAAAGCUCUGUCAUCCAAGUGCAAUGUCACUGCUUGCUUGUGUUGUCUCAGGCAAGGGAUUUUUGGCUGAAAUGAAUGGAUGCACCUGUGUCUCUUUAGAACCAAAAAUAUUUUCUCGCAAAUCUCAUUCCUGUUUUUAUAAUUUUUUCUUUUUUUUCCUUUUUUUUCGUUCGUUUUAACAUCUUCGAGUCCUAGUCAGACAUUUAACUGCUUUUCAAAUAAAAAACAAAAAAAUAAUUAAAAGAAAAAAACAAUGGAUCUGUAAAGUACCAAGACUUAAUAGACAGAGUAUGGACAAUCAGUUUCUUUCUGUGUUUUGGUGUUGAUGUUGUUUAUGUGUGAAAGAUGCAGUACUUGUGUAGGGAAUGUAAAUUUACAGUAACCUUUUAAAAUCUAGUUACUAAUAAGCACUACUGUAAUUUAGCACAGUUGUUUAAUUGCACCCUCAUUUAUACUUUUUAUUUGAUUCUUUCCCAUCAUACAAUAGAGUGGAUAGUUUCUAGAAUGCCUCAACUUCAUGUUUAUAAAUGAGAAUAUGUUUAAAGCGAUGUAGUAUCCCUUCUCCUCGCCAUUCACCUCUGGAAGUUUAACCCACAAGAGGGUCGGUAUAAAAGGUGGAAGAAAACAAUUGCUACACAACUGGCGGAAUUCAAAAAAAGGAAAAAAAAGAGUAAAAAAAAGGCAAAAAAAAGGUCGUUGUUAGUUUAUUAAUAUAGAACAAGAAACGCUGCGUACAGAAAAUCCUCCUAAUUGCAAUGGUUUACUCCUAGAAGUAAUUUUUGUAAACUUACAGAAGUUAAAAUCAAAAUAAAACAAAUAUUGCAGGACCUGUGCUGAAGCAGUUAUGCAAAGUGAUAUUUCUCUUCUGUUCACCCCCCAGUCUCUCCAGCUCUCUCUCCAUCAUUAAAUUGAAAUGCUGUUUGUAAUGUUUUAGCGAUCCAGGCUGUUUUUGUGAAUAAAAUGAAUGCAUGUUUUGUGUCAUGA